AUGCCUUCCUCUACUCAUGGUACACUUUUUAAGUUCCGAACACGCCAUGAAAGUGUGGACUGGAGAAGAAUUGGAAGUAUUGAUGUGGACAGAGUAGCAAAUGAGCUGGAUUUUCAAACUCUUCAAGACAAUAUUAUGGGUGUUACUUUUUGCAGUGUAGAAAAUGAGAAGAAGUGCCCACACUGUCACAACAAUCUGGAUCCUGUAUUGAUCAAACUGAUUAGACUUGCUCAGUUUUCCGUUGAGUAUUUGCUGCAUUCCCAGGAGUACCUAACUUCUAACCUACAAACAUUGGAGGAAAAGGCUCGUGCCACCAUGAAAGAGUCUGAACAGCUACAGGUAAAGAUAACCAAGCAGUCUGCAGAAACAAAGUCACUCAAAGAUGAGUGCAGGCUGAGGAAGAAGAUGAUUGCUGCACAGCAAAUGAUGAUCAGUGCUGCCACUGGACCUUACCACAAGUGCCAACAUUGUGAGAAGUCUUUUGUAAACUCUUCGUAUUUAGAAAGUCACAUAAAGAGGAGGCAUACUGAAGAAGCUUCUUUUGGUGGAAAACAAAGGCAGAGUUCACAGCAAUAUGAUAAUCUGUACUAUGAAAUAAAAUGUCUUAAAGAAGAACUUCAGUCUACCAAAAAGCAGUUGGAGACCGAGAAAGUAGCUCAUCUGGAGAAACUCUCUCAGCUACAGGAAAGUGAGCAUAGGAAAACAAUGGAGCUGGAAGUUUUAAAAAAGUUUGACAAAUGGAAAGCGGAAGAAAAAGAAAACUUUGAAGAUGAAAUGAGAAAAGUGAAGGAAAUGUUUAUGAAGGAGCUUAAAGACGUGACUGAUAAGAACUCCUCUUUGGAGAAUGAACUGACUGAAGUGAAGAGACAGAGCCAGCAAAGGAUGUCUGGAUUAGGAAUUCUAGAAGAAGGACUUCAGACUGACCCAGGACAGGGAAAGUCAAAAUAUCGCUGUGACACUGAAAAUAUUAAGGAACUUUUAAAAAAGCAGGAAGAAAAGUGGAGAAAUCACAUUGAAGAACUUAAACAAGAAUAUGACCGGGAUAAGAACCGUAGCAUCCAGCUACUUCGACAGGAACAUGAUCUGGAAAAGAACCAAGUUAUACAGUUGCUUCGGCAAGAUUUUGAUUGGGAAAAGAACCAAAUUGUACAUCAUCUUCAGCAAGAGCGUGAUAGGGAAAAGAGUGAGAAGAACCAGAUUAAAGAAUUAUUGACCAAACCACCCCCAGCUGUUAAAAAAAAUUCUGAUCCAACAACUGUGCAAUCAUUACACAAUGUUGAAAGAAAACAUUCUGCAACUGCCUUCUCCACUAGAGACUGGGACAAUGAAGACGGCACCAUCAAGUACCAUGUGAGACAUGAGGUGAAGAAUGAUCAUUUGUUAAGGAAGACAAUUAGGAAUGUCAUUGAACAAGAUCUAGAAGAGAGGUUGGAAGUCCUAGGAUUUAAAGCUGGUGUCCAUGGGAUCCCCAGUGACAAGUUCCAAAAAUUAAUGGAUGUAAGGCAAAAUAACAGACACAUGAGGGAGAAAACAUUUCCGGGGAUCCAGAAAAUUUAUGAAAAGCUCGCAAAGCACGUAACUCAAAAAGCAGAGGAGCAAUUAUCAACAUCUUUCAAAUGCAUUUCAACAAAUCAGCUUUUUACUGAUGCGAAAUCUUUAACUUGGGGAAGCACAUCAUCUUUUUCACCACCUAGACAGAGGAAACCAAAAACAUCAACAGUAAAAUCUUCUGAAGAAGAAUCAAAAGCUGAACCAAGAUAUCUGGUGCCUAAAACUAGUUCUACCCCAAAGUUUAAGUUGGUAUCCUCAAAAGACAUAUCUGUUACCAAACCAUCAAGCAUUACAACAUCUCCAUUCAGUUCUGAUGAUGAGUCUGAAUCUAACGACAUACCUUUGCCAUCUUACAAAAAUCUGGACUCUUUGAGAACUAAUAGUAAAAGUAAUAUUGAGUUUGUGGCCAAUGAAAGUGAAUCAGAUGGGAGUUUAUUGGAAGAAGUUAAACCUAAGCCAGCCUGUAGAAGCAAUGGCCUAUCCCAAGCUCCACCAAAACCAGCUAGAGCAACACAAGUAAAAGAACUAGGUCAGCAAUCAACAGGUUUGAAUAAUGUAAAGCCACGUGGUAGUUGUGAUGUACCCCAGGCAUUUGUGAAAAAAGAUCCAGUUAUGGAACUAAAGCUUACUGACUUUGAUGACACUGAAUUAGACAGUUCAUCUUUGGAGGAGGAACCUUAUGAAGUACCACGGUCUGUACAAAGACGCCAGGAGGCCACAGUCCACAGGAAGGAGGUUCAAACAGUUUUUGCUAAGAAUACUAGUGGUGUUACAAAACCUUUCAAAGCAGAUGCUCGUGAAGCUGAUACAUCCAGCACUGUUGUUAGUUUAGUGACUGUGAGCGACAUCAGUGACACCUCUGAUAUCUAG